CUCUGGUGACUGAAACCGAAAGUAAUCAUGGCGUCGAAGCAAAAACUCUGACUCGUUGAUCCAUAAAGCGAACUCUUUCUCGCUCUUCAUUUCCUCAAUCAAAAGGAGGAUUGUAAAGUUUUUGUUUUUUGUGAAACAAUUCGAUCUAAAACCCUAAAAAGAUGGUGAAGCCCUCUGAUUUCAAAGCAGUGCACAAACUUAUUCAAUUGCAUUACAGUCGAGUCAACCUGGUCUCAAAGACGGGCCGGUCAAAACUCUCCGCUUUUUCUUCUCCGACUCUUCCUUCAAAUGGGGUUUCUCAGCUUCAGGCUAAGUCCGGUUUCCACAGCUUUUCGUCGAGACCCACUGCGAAAAACUUUGGCUUGUCCCAGAUUCUUCCCUCUAAUGGGGUUUCUCAGCUUCAACCUAAGACCAGUUUCCACAGCUUUUUGUCAAGACCCACUUCGAAAAAUUUGGGAUUAUCCCAGAUUCUACCCAGUAGUCCUAAGCUCGUACCUAGUUUGCAGAAUUGUGGUGUAGCGUUGGUUAAGCCCCGUGUUAAUGUGAACUUUGCAUCGGCUUUUAGAUUGUUUUCGAGCUCUGGGUUUCGAAAAAUCGAUGGGAAUUUCGCUAGAAAGGUUGUUGACAAGCCAAUCCAAGCUGUUAGUUCGACUUUUGCUAGAUACCGAAUGGCUUUAGGGUUGCACAUUGAUGCAUUUUGGAAGAAGAAUAACCUUUUGGUGUUUGGAGCUGGAGCUGUUUUUGUAUGUAUUUUCUUGUGGAGAAUCAUGUUUGGAAUUGCUAGCACAUUCGUUGGUCUCUCUGAGGGAAUGGCCAAGUACGGCUUCCUUGCUCUCUCAUCUGCCAUUGUUGCAUUUGCUGGUUUAUAUCUUCGCGCAAGGUUCACGAUAAAUCCCGAUAAAGUUUAUAGGAUCACUAUGAGGAAGCUUAAUACAGCAGCUGAUGUUCUUGAAGUUAUGGGUGCUCCUCUGGCAGGAUCAGAUUUGCGUGCUUAUGUGAUGUCAGGUGGUGGCAUAACAUUCAAAAAAUUCAAGCCAACAAUUAGGAACAAGCGUUGCUUCCUCCUAUUCCCGGUUCAAGGUUCUGAGAGAAAGGGCCUUGUUAGUGUCGAAGUCAAGAAGAAGAAAGGCCAGUAUGAUAUGAAACUACUGGCAGUGGAUAUUCCAAUGGCGUCUGGUCCUGAUCAACGCUUAUUCCUUAUUGGUGAUGAAGUAGAGUACAGAGUCGGUGGUGGUUUGAUCUCUGAGUUAAGAGAUCCUGUGGUAAAAGCAAUGGCAGCAACCAAAGAAUUUGAUAAUCUUGACAGAAUUGAAGAGGAAGAAGACGCCGAAAGAGAACUUCAAGAAGCCGAAAGGAAGGAACGUGAAGAAAUUGAACUUCAAGAAGCCGAAAGGAAGGAACGUGAAGAAAUUGAACUUCAAGAAGCGGAAAGAAAACAGCGUGAAGAAAUUGAGAAGAUCGGAAAAGAGAGUUCUUAGUCGGUUCUAUCGUACUUGCACACAAACUAAACAUCUUCAGUGGAUAUAGAACAUCACCGUGAAUCUGUUUAAAAACCCUUACUUUCAAACUUUUGCAGAAUAAAUUUUGGAGUAUGUUACUGGUACUGGUUCGGAUUCUUCAGAGAAGGAUGGCUUUAUCUAAUGAAAACCGGUUUUGGCUUGAGGGAGGAUAAAGUUUUUGUCUUUCCGGUUAGUACCGGUUUAAGCACAAUCUAGUGAAAACCAAUACAGAAUCCAAAGAGUCAAGGCUGUAUGAGACUUUCAUAUC